UCGUAUUGGAAAUUUAAACUGAUACAAACAAUUGCGGCUAAUCGAAGAAUAUUUUAUAGGAAAUACUAGUUAGUUGCCACUGAUCUUAAAUGGAGAGUUCUUCAGGGAUAUCAUUUGACAAGCACGUUCUACGAUGGUACUUCGUUUGCUGUUGUUUUCUAAUUUUGAAGAUGUCGUUUAUGUCGAUUUUCACGGCAGUAAAAAGAGUUAUACACAAGGCGUUUGCAAAUCCCGAAGAUUCAAAACAAAUGAAAGUAGAUCCACAAGUAAAUGAAAAUGUGGAGAGGGUAAGAAGGGCACAUUUAAAUGACCUGGAAAACAUCCCACUCUUUUUCGUCGCUGGAUUAAUAUACACUUUUGCCAAUCCUGGAGCAGCAGGAGCCAAGGCGAUAUUUGUAAUAUAUGUAGUCACGAGAUAUUUACAUACUUUCGUAUACACAGUUGUUCCUCUUCCUCAACCAGCUAGAGCUCUAUCGUGGAGUACCGGAUAUAUUAUUAAUAUAUACAUGGCGAUGUACAGCUUGAUACAUUUUCUAAAAUCAAGUUCAGUUUGAUCUUUUUAAUCUUGAUUAACUUUACUAGUCCAAUAAGAGUAUCGUGAUUGUUACAGAAAAAAUAACUUAUAUAAAUAUAUUACGCUAAUUUAAUUUAAAUUUUAUAGAUAAAUAUUUGUUGUGAAAUAUUGACUGUAUUUUAAUUUGUUAUAAAUGUUUUUAAAUAUAAUAAUUAAGGAUUAACUAAAUAAACGAAAAUACUUGUUUCUAAAUAA